AUGCUGACACCCGUCCACAGGCCAAGGCCGGCGUCGCUACUCGUCAGCGCGCUGCCCUGCUUGUCCACCUCCCCUUCUCUUCAUCCGCACCCGCAUCCCAGUCUUCCAAGAGUAGGUUUCGACUCGAGACUCGAGGCAGUGCCGCUAAGGAGCAUCUUGCCCAGACCAUCGUCCAGAAAUCAGCACCGCGCUGCCCGAGUUCGCCUGUCACCUCUCCUGCGUGCACGCAUGGCGACGAUGCGACUCGCGCUGGGCCUUCUCGCCGCGGUGGCUCCCGCUCCGAUUUCGGCGACGACGUGCCUCGAGAGUGGACACGUGCCCGGCGGAAAUCUGAAGCUCCCUUUCCAGCGCAAGAACGUUGUCACCGAGGAAGGACAAGAGAUGCCCUUGGGCGUCGUGCAUGGCUGGUGGACUUCGAGCAAGCUGCUCAGCCACAUCUUCAAGAUCAUCGCGGAGGAGGCAGUCGGCUACAACGUCACGAUCGCAGCGAGUACGUUGGGCAACUCUGGUCAGUCGGUGUACGCCAUCGGAGGUUGCGAAGAUUUCGGCAGUGAUUGUUGGCAGAGUCUGAAAGCGCAGGACCCUGAUGGCAAGAUCCUCUCGCGGAAUCAUUUUGCCUUUGAGAUUUGGGAGAACUAUUUCCGUCAACAGAUGGACGUAUGGACCAGCAACUAUCCAGAGAAGGCGCCCGAGGAGAUCGGCACGGUGGGCUAUUACGGCGACGAGGGGGUCUUCAUCAAUCCGAUCUCCAACAAUGCUGGUCUCAGACAGGACAAGCUGAUCCUCGACUGGUACCGCGGCUAUAACACGUCUGAGUUCAGCGCCGAGGCAUUGAGUAGACACUUCACAAAGCUUAGUGAUCUAGGUCGUCUGCUGCCCAAUUUCACCAAUCAUUCUUCCUACUUCUUCACGUGCGAUGAGCUGAGGCUGACGGAGAUGCCUUACCGCGUGAACCCGAUCCUCAGGGACUACCACGUCCAGUUCCCCAACGACACGACGGUGAGCUACAACGAGAGCACGCAGACCGGAGAGUGGCAAUGCGACUACGAGGGCAUUUGGUGGUUGUCCCCUGCCUGCCGCGAGGAUCCAGACACGUGCAUCCCUGUCAUCACGAUGCAGUUCUGGGGGAGCGCCAUCCUACACCAGGCAGCAUACUUCCACAUGCCCAUCGCGCUCGCGAGCAUUAGAUCUUACGGAGACUGGACGAGCAUCAUCGCAUCGCAGAUUCCGCUGACGUACUGGUGGUACCCAGACGAUCUGUUCAUCAAGAGCGAUCUCAAGAUAAUAGCUUUCCCGCCCUACAACAAGGAGCAGUACGAGAUCCAGGGGCUCCAGGUCUCUCAGCUGCAGGCCAUCCCGCUGCGGAAGCUGAUGGCCCGGGGCUUUGGCAGCGUUGCUGGCGACGCCGCGCUCGUGGCCAAGGAGUUGUGGGUUCCCGAGAGCAACAUUAUUGCGAUGAUGAAGAGCACCACCGAUGGCGCGACCGUCGAGGACAUGGCCUGCGAUUGGGUGCGUGCGAACACAGAGCUGUGGCACCAGUGGCUGCCAGGACAGCUCGUGUGCAAUCCAGGUCAGGGUCUCGUAAACAAGGACGGCGAGUUCCUGUCGUCGAGUCUGAACGCGGAUAGUUGCGGCUGGUGCGAGCCAGGGACCUACAGUGCCUUCUGGAACGGAACCGAGCAGACAAUCUGCUCCUCCUGCCCGGCUGGCUCAUUCCAGAAGUCUCCCGGUCAGACCGCAUGCGAGCCGUGUUCGUCUGGAAAGUUCACAGACUCCCAGGGCAACACCGCGUGCACGGAUUGUGCGGUGGCCACUUACGCCGAAGGCAGCGGCAACACGAAUUGCACGAGUUGCCUUGCGCACGAGAGCACCAUGGUCCGUGCCGCCGAGACCUCGUGGGACUGCGUUUGUGACGCGGGUUACUACCGUGCGGCGGGCCACUCGGAGUCGUCCGGCGCAAGGACCGACUGCAAGGCGUGCCCGGCGGGCAUGGAAUGUGAGAAGGGCAACGAUGCGCCGAUGGUCAGUGCCGGCUUCUGGGUCAGCGAACAGAAUGGGAUCGACAGGGAGUACUCCGUCUACCGGUGCCAGAACGACCUGGAGUGCCCGGGAGGAGAAGCCGGCACGUGCGCGGCCGGGCGCGAUCCUUCUGUCAUCGGCUGCGCCUCUUGCAGGCCCGCCUAUCACAGGGCGUCGAAGGGCGAAUGCACGAAGUGCGAAGGAAGCGCUUGGUUGCCCCUCCUCGGGGCCAGUUUCCUGGUCGUAUGUGGGCUUUCUGCGGUGGCGUUCUUCGCAAGGGUGGACGUGACCAAGAUCAGGAUGAAUACCGUCUCUGUUGCCAUCUGCAUGAGCCAGACGGUGAUGAUUGUCCAGACGAUGUCUUUGUUUUUCACGAUGAAGAUCGACUGGGUCGAACCGAUGAGGAGCAUGCUGAGUACUUUCUCGAUCGCGGCCUUCAAUUACUCGGCGCUGAACCUCUCGUGUGGGGUCUCUGACUCGGACUCGGUGGCAAAAUAUGUUCUUCAGCUGCUGUCCUUCCCUCUGGGCUUGUCGCUGCUGUGCGCGAUAUUCGCCAUCAUGCACUUCGCGCUCGGGAAGCCCAUCAGCAAGGACCACGUCAUCAACUCCGUCGGCGUGCUCACCCUCGUGCUGUUCCUCAUGCUCAACAUGACCGCCCUGAAGCCGUUCCACUGCGUCAGCAGCCCCAACGGAACAUCCUCACUGUCAUCCAACCCUUCCAUCAUCUGCUACGUUGACUCUGAGUGGGUUGCCAUGGCCGUCAUGGGCACCAUCGCUGUGCUCGUAUACGGAGUCGGUUUCUUCUCGAUCGUUCUGUACAUUACCAUCAGUUACCCCGCCCUGGCGCUAUCUGCGCGCGGCUCGAUCAUCAUGUCCAGGUACCGAUUCAUGUUCCAGCGUUUCACUGCCAAGUGCUUCUACUUCACCCCUAUCUACCUGAUGCGUACACUGUUCAUCGCGCUGAUCCCAGUGAUCUUUGCCGACUACGGCCACCGACAGAUGAUCUUCCUGGUUCUCACGAUGGUGGUGUUCGGUAAGAUUCACGCGACGUAUCAGCCUUGGAGGGGCGCGAUCCCGAACAUGUUGGACGUAUGGGUGAUGGGGUGCAUGAUCCUCCUGCUCACCUGCUCCUCGCUACUGAUCAAGGUCGACGGGGACGAGAUGGUGGCGGACCUCGAGGUCUUCUUCACCAUCAUCAUGGUCUUCGUAUUCGGCGCGGUCGGCAUCUUUUUGGCCUUCCUUGCGUACCGCCGGUUUGUGCCGAAGGACCGGUGGACGGCGUUCCUGUGCCACAUCCCAGACACCGCCAUGACGGCCCGUUGGCUCAAGUUGGACAUGCAAAAGAGGAUCGGUGACAAGAAGGGUAUCUUCUUGGCCGCGGACAACCUCGACUGGAACCUGGAGGACAUCUUCGACUUGAUGCGCUGCCAGCUGGCAGACAACGUCGUGGUCCUCCUCUCGGGCGGCGCCCUCUCCAGCCCGCAGUGCGCCGGGCAGGUCACCACCGCCCACACGAACGGCGUGCGGCUUGUGCCGGUCGCCCUGGACUCCUACACCGAGCUGUGCGACGCCGACCUCGACGAGGCGGCCAUCGCGACGCGCUGGUCCGCGGAGGCGUUCCGGCGCUGCACCGCCGAGGGCAUCUCGCUGGCCAUGGUGAAGGACGCCUACUCCUACCUGCGCGGCGCCUCCAAGAUCUCCUGCCGUGUGGUGGCGAACCGCUUGGCCAGCAGCCACGGUGCAUCCCUGCAGGCCAUAGCCAUGGUGUCCAGCACCUGUGGAGCAGGCAAGGCGGCGGACGGCCCCGAGGACGACGACGGGGAGUACGACGUGGGCGUCGUGGCGGACGUCUGCGACUCGGAGGCCAUUGCGGCGGCGGAGGUGCUGAAGAGCAUGGUCGGCGCGAUCAAGGGCUGGAAGCUCAAGGGUUUGAUGCAGGACUCCGAGGUGCGCCAGGCUCGAGCGCCCUCCCAGCUGCUGGUGGUCGUCCUCACCCGCGGGUGCCUGGGCUCCGAGUCCUUCGUGCAGACCGCGGCCGCGGCGCUGCGAGCCUGGCCGUCGGCGCCGAUGCUCGCCGCGAGGGCCGAGGACUUCAGCUUCCCCACGGUGGACACGAUGCAGAAAGUGCUGACCCCGCAGAUCGCCAGGGGCGCCGAGAUCCCAGAGGCCCACGUGUCGUCGAGCUACGCUGCGCUGCUCGCCAGCCCCAGUGUCUCCUUCGUCGCGAACGCUCGCACGUCGUCCCUCGAGAAGCAGGUCGGCUACCUCGUCGAAUGUGCUGCGGAGGUCGUAACGGGCGUGAGGGGUCCGUCGAUCACCAGCUGCGCCGAAGAGGUCGUCAAGGACGUGGAGGUGGCGCCCCCCGUUGAGCCCCCCGAGUCGAAUGGUCAGGAAAACACAGCGGUGAGUAAUGUGUAA